CCUGUCAAGCUUUAGGAAAUCAUCUUGCAUUUUUCAUCUCUUUAGUUUACUCGGGUUGAGAUGGACAGUUCUGAAGCUCAUCUUGAUAGAAUUGAGGCACAGAGGUCAACGAAUGUGUCUCAUGACCAACGGAAAGGAAGAUACUUCCCCAUGAAUCUGAUAAACAAAGUCGCACGCAAACUCUGUUCACGAGGAGGAGAUGGCGCCACGCCAUCUGCGGGAGACACCGAAUCUGGGCUGGAGUUCCUCAACAACCUUAAAUUGUCGGAUCUUUUCGAUCUCCCUGGUGAAAAUGUCCAGAUGAAUACGGAAAUUUUUAGCCGACUGAGUGAUGGGGACAAAGAGUGUCUGGAGAAGUUGAAAAGCCAUGGGACGCCAAUGGCAUGUCUCAAGAGCGAUAGAGGAGAUUCAAUUCUUCAUCUUGCUGCUAGAUGGGGUCAUCUAGAACUAGUGAAGAACAUUGUCUCUGAAUGUCCAUGCCUUGUAUUGGAAACAAACUCCAAGGAUCAGCUUCCGCUUCAUGUGGCUGCUCAUGCCGGUCAUUCCGCUAUUGUUGAGGCUUUUGUUGCGUCGGUAACAUUUUUUUCAGAUAGACUGGCUGUAGAAGAUAGGGAGAGACUGAAUCCAUAUGUUCUCAAGGACAAAUAUGGAAAUACUGCUCUGCACUUGGCCAUUGAAGGACGCUAUAUGGAGAUGGCUGCCUCUCUGGUGAACGAGAACCAGAAUGCUUCUUUUCUUGAAAAUAAUGAGGGAAUAUCUUCCUUGUACAUGGCAGUAGAAGCUGGAGAUGUAUCUCUUGUGAAAGAAAUUUUGAAAACCACAGGCAACGAUGACCUUGAAGGGAGGAACUCUAACUUAGAUUUAAAGUUGGAAGGGAGAAAAUAUCUUGUACAUGUUGCUUUGGAUGCCAGAAGUACAGGUGUCCUUGAUGUUAUUCUUAACGAAUAUCCAAGUCUUGAGGACGAGCGAGAUGAAGAAGGAAGGACUUGUCUAUCCUUUGCAGCAUCCAUAGGGUUUUAUGAAGGAGUAUGCAACCUGUUAGACCGAUCAACAAAGAAUGUUUAUGUCUGUGACGAAGAUGGUUCCUUUCCAAUACAUACGGCUGCAGAGAACGGCCAUAUCAGAAUUGUCAAAGAGAUUCUAAAACGUUGUCCACAUUCAAAACACAUGCUCAACAAACUUGGCCAGAACGUUCUCCACAUUGCAGCAAAGAUUGGGGAAGAUAAUCUUGUAGCAUCGUUAAUGUUAGAAGAUGAAACGAAACAUCUGUCUGUUGGGCAAGAUGUGAACGGUAACACACCUUUGCACCUUGCCACCCUAAAUUGGCGCUACCGAUCAAUUAGACAGCUAGCUUCGGAUGUAAAGAUACUGCAAUUACGGAACGAUAACGGGUUAACAGCUAGGGGUCUUGCCGAGUCAGUGCUGAAACCCAACUACAUCUUUCAUGAGAGGUUGACAGUGGCAUUCUUAUUAUACGCUCACAAGUUAAAGGGUUCUGGAUCUGUAAAGUCGUUAACAAAACCAUCAGAGCCACUAGACCAUGAAAAGAGCAGAGAUUACGUCAACACUCUUCUACUGGUAGCAGCACUUGUAGCCACAAUGACCUUUGCUGCAGGUUUUACAAUACCAGGUGGCUUUAACAGCUCUGGUCCACACUUGGGCAGGGCAACUUUGGCCACUGACCCAAGUCUCUUCUAUUUCCUGCUAUUUGACAUCUUGGCAAUGCAAAGCUCCCUUGCAACAAUAUGUACUCUAAUUUGGGCGCAGUUGGGUGAUCCGUCACUAGUUUCCUCAUCCUUAAAGCUAGCCUUGCCCUUACUGGUUUUUGCUCUACUCUGCAUGCCAUUGGCAUUCGUUUUUGGCGUGGGUAUUGUGAUUAAGCAUGUGAAAUGGUUUUCUUUAAUCAUUAUCUUGAUGUUUAUUUUAUUCUUCUAUUUGGUGGCCGGUAUCCUUGCCCCCCACGUCCUGCUACAGCUGCCAAACGUUUCUCCCGUGUUAUGUGGUUGCAUUCUCGAGACUAUUAUAAGAUGGCAAGAGACCCUGUCAGGAGCUCGAUGGGCCCUAUUUCCUACUCCGUCAUUUGUGAGGCUGAAGAAAGAUUAAGAUCCUUAGCUUGUGAAUGGGACAAAUGGUGAAUGGUUAAAGAGUUAAAUGGUCAAUAAAUCACAAUUUAAUGA